UUCCUGCUAAGCUAUGUAUUGUGAAUGCACAGCUGUGAGGUGUUAUGCUAAUGCCUCUCUCUCUGCCCGUAUGAUAAUGAGGCUAUUCAGGGCUUUGGUAUGGGGCAUGCUUGCCAGGUCCGCUGCUCUGACACAUAACAAGAAAAGGGGGUUGGGCUUAGCUACGUAGACAGACGCAUGCAUGGUCAGAGGUCUGUUAUUAUACACCACUUGGCAUGCUAGUGUGUGUUGAGUUGGGCUCUCUUUCUCAUGAUGAUGCCUGCAUGUGAAGUUAUGCGGUAAAACUUUCAAACUUUGAGAGAGAGAGAGAGAGGAAAGAGAGCAGGGAACUGGGAUCUGCUCGCUCUCACCAAAGCAGGUUGCUGUUUACUGCCAUUUUUUCUCCAGAUGCCGGAUUGAUCUGACGUGUCAAUGGGUUAUCUGUUGUGCUGAGCUAUAUAUGGAAACAAGUGAAAUAAGCUUCAACUCACAUUAUAUAUAAUACAUGUAUCAACAACAAUGGCGUGACAGUUCCAGAGUUGAAGAUCAUGAUGGAUUCUCUUGCCAGUCCAUGUAGACCACCCUCCCAGCCCAUCAUCAUGGAAUCCCCAGAGUCUCCUCCCCCUGUGGACCAGCAAACCCUGGGUUGUGAGCGGACAUACACCGACUCUGAUGAACUCGUCUUACCAAUGAUAGCCACAGAGUCAUUUCGUACUUGUCUCUCCAGCAACCUCACGCCACCAGAAAGUGACCUUUCUGAAUCCAAUUUUAAGAAGGGUGAAGACAGUGCAGGAGAUGCGUUUGUGAAUAGCAGCGGAGAUGCCCCUGGUGGUGAGAUUGUUGAGAUGAAUGCUGAGGACAUUGAAAUUGAUGGCUCUCCUGAGGAAGGCUUUGUUCAAACAAGUGAAUUGCAGUGUGAGCAAUCCGUGCCCAUUGAUGACUUUGAUAACCCUCAUGAGGAGGAAUUUCAAUCUGAACCUGGUCAUCUUUCUCAUGAAGCAGAGUUGUCUGUAGAGUAUUCUGCAGAAACUUCCCAGGAAGAUCCUCCACUUUGUUCAAAAGGAGAAGCCAACAUUGUCCAUAGUGAAAGCAUUGAUCCUAAUGACCACGCACAAAGUGUGAAUGCCGUUUCAUCCAAUGUGUCAUCAGCUAUGGAUAUUGAAGAGCGUGAAAGUAUCACUGAGGUCAUUGUGGAAGAAUCAGAGAAGAACACCAGAUUAACAGAUGUGAUGCAUAAAGAUGUUGAAAUGGAGAGCACUAUAUUAUCAGGCAGUCAAGUCAAUGAUUCAGACAACAUGGCACCUGCUUCCCCACUCGAAACUCAAGAAGCAGAUACUGAAAGUCGUGCUAAGCAUGAAAAUACAGAAAAUGACAUUCUUGAGCAAAUAGUAACCAUGGAUGCUCACAGCAAGAGUGAUGUCUUAACUAAUAUUUCUGGUAGUGAGAUCCCAACCAAUGAUCACUCAUCCAUAGUCAUUCCAAAUACAAAUCCUGUUGGUGACUCAUCCAAGCUUCCUUCAGGACUUUCGAUGCAGAAUGUGAUUGUUUGUGAAGAACAAAGACCAGUGAUUCAUGAGGAAGGAGACCACGCAAUUGAUUCUAGAACUGAAGAUGGUGUUGAGGAAAUGGAAACAGCACAGGAAAACCUUAGUUCUACUGUUGGAAAUAGCAUAUCAGAAAAGUCCAAUGACUCUUCAUUACAUGAUGAUUCUAACAAGGAAAUUAUACAUGAUUCUUCAAGUUUUGGACCAAAGGAUAGUGUUAUUUCAACCGAAGUUGCAAACUCUUCCACUCUAACCACCCCUAUUAGCAAGGUUAAGCAGAAAAAGAAGUUUUCUCUUGAUAAUAUGCUAGCCAGGGUCAAUUCUUCAAGUACUUGUAGUCAAAUUGCCAUGCCCCAGGAGAGUGAUCAGAGUGGUCCCACUGGUUUACAGUCCCAGUCUAGGAGAAAAAUUUUCAAACAAAAAUCACCUGCAGCCGUUACUUCUUCAUGCUUUCAAAACUCAGAUAUAGAUGACUCACAGUCAGAUGAGGACGGUGAUUUGUCUUUAAAUCAGCUUAAUAUCUCGGAAGGUACUAAUGAAGUGAAUGAUAAUAAUGAAAUGGACUCCGAAGAUGGUAUUGGAGCACCAGAAAGUGUCCUUUGCAAACCAGUCAGCAGUAUGCUGGGCAAGAGUAGCAGCCAGAGGCGGAGAAAUUCCAGCUCUCCCCGUAUCGCCCCGGCAAUUGAAAACAUGCUUGAUGAAGCUUCAGACAUUACCGAUUUCUGUGACAUUGCAAAUAAAUUCUUUGAGGGUAGGGAAGAAGAAAGGGAUGACCAACAAAAUUCUUCGGCACGAUCAUCACCAGUUGAAGUAUGUCAACAAGCUGCCUUUGAGGAUGGACAUGAAUCACCUAUAGAACUUCCGAGGCCACUCCCUGAUGUGCCGCCACAAAUGAAUGAACUGCUCCAACCUUUACCUGCCAAUUCUUCACCCUCAGCUCCUUUGCCACAGGACAGUGGCAGAGUGUACCAAAUGCAAGGGAAUCCUCCACAAUUAACCAUUGCCCCGCCACCAAGAGCCCUGCCACCGAAAGCGAUGUCAAAUAAUCUGGCAGCAGUACCACCACCAUCAGCACCACCUGUCCCAGGCAGCACCACCCUAAAGAAUGUCACGAUGCCACCAGGAACACCAGCUAGUCAGAAGACUGUUUUGAUGCUACAAGGAGGUGAUACUCUCAAGGUUGACAUGCAAGGAAAUCUCAUCCUCUUCAACAGCCAGGGCAAGCAGACUGCAUGUGUGAACAGUAGUUUAAUUAAUGGCAUUGUGUUGUCAAAGACUGUUAUCAAGGCUGCUGAGGAAGCAAACAAAAGCACCGUGCCGUCUUCACCUGUGGCUCAACCUGCACCGACCAGGCCUUCCCUGCCCAGCUCUCUAACACCACCAGCACAGCAGCAACGACCAGUUGAACGACCAUCUGGGCAGCCCCCACCACUUAUUCCUACAUCCCAACGUCCUGCACCACAUCCUGUACAAAUUUCACAAGACCGGGAGAAUCACUGGCGUAGGUCCAGUUCUGAUGAAAACUUGAGGGCAUCUGAUGCAAUGAUGCGACAAAACAGCUCUGAGGAACCAGACCAUAGCCGUUUCCUCCCCCGUGGAACUGUAAGGAGUAUGAUAGCUUCUUCCAACUGGACCCCUAAUAGUGUUGCGCCACCUGCCCCUACUAACCAAGUUGUCCAUGUACCUCAGGGUCAAUACACGUCUGUCUUGCAAAAAGCUUUAUUGCAGCAUCAGUCUUCACAGCAGCACCAAUCACCACAGCAGCAUCAAUCACCACAGCAGCACCAGUCACCUCAGCAGCCGAUGCAGCACAAGUCUAUUCUUGUUCAGCAGUUACAGCAGCAGCAGCAGCAGCAGCAACAACUUGGAAAUCGUCCACAAUAUAAUGUCCAUCAUCAUCCGAGUAGCCAUCCUCAGCAUAUCCAGCCUAAUACCCAACAGGGAACAUUCUCACAAGCACAUCACAAUCAGCAUUUUCUUCAAAAUCCAGCCCAGCAGCUUCAGCUUCAACAGGUUCCACAGCCAAUUCUCCUUGGGAAUGAAAGGCCGCAGGCUAGGGUUGUAGCUCCAGUGAGCAUUCCACCAGUUGUCAACAAUCCGCGAGCAACAGUCCCAAUCGCUCCGCGGCCAAUCAACUCAACUGAAAAUACCCUACCGACUAAAUCAUCUUCAGAUUUAUCAGAAACCAACCAAGCAGGGAAGCAUCAAAACCUGCCAAAUGUGUUGAAAUUGUUAACCUCUGAUAAAAAGGAUAAUUCUGCAAUUCCCGAAAACCAGAAUGAUAGCAGUGAAGAGGAUAGGAAUGGAAACUCUGAGGGUUCAAGUCAGAGCUCUGGAGGAAGUGGGACUUUGAAGCACUGUGAACUGUGCAACCGCCUAUUUAUAAAGGAAGAGUCAUAUGAAAAGCAUCUGCAAACCACUCCUGGACACUGGGAUCUAUGGAAAGAAUUUCACCGUAAAAAGCAACGAAUGAAGUACAUCUGUACACAAUGCAAGAAGAUAUUUGUGAAUCGAGAGGCACUCCUAUCUCACAAAGAAUACUACCACAGCCAAUCUCGGGUAGUUAUUAAAGGUGCUAAAUUCAUGGUACGUUGCCAGUUGUGCCAUCUUAAAUUCAUGGAUGACAGGCAGUUGACUGCUCACAUGGAAAAAUGCCAUGCAGAUGCCCAACUCCAGAAUGAUAAAGAUAGAACAGAGAGUGAUGGUAUGCCAAGUGUAAGUGGUAUUGGCAGCUUAGAAGAACCUGGUUGUAGCAACAAUGCUUUGACACAAAUCAAUGCUGGUAAUAGCAUUAAUUCAAACGUUGAAUUUGUACAUGCUUCAUCAUUGGACUUUGGUAGAGGAAAAGGAAGAGGACGAGGAAGAAAGAGGUCCUUGAAGAUAAGGGCAGAAUAUGGGAGCAGGAAAGCAGGAGACCAAGCUACCACAGUGAAAAAUGAGUAUGGUGGACGUAUUAAAAUUGAGUACAUCAAUGUUAAUGCAAAGAAGAGUCCAGGAAGGCCCAGGCGAAGGAGUAGUGAUGAUGUACCCACAUUCAUCAUUUACAAAGACCCCAAGGCCACAACAACUGAUCUUAUAGGAACCUAUGGCAGAUAUGAAAAUGGUACGAUACGUCCCUAUAAGUGUAAUCUCUGUCCGAAGAACUUUAACUCGACACACUGUCUACUCGAACAUAUUAAAAUACAUGUAAAGCCGUAUUCAUGUGGAGCAUGCGGUUUGAAGGCAUCACGGAAGGAUAAUGUAGCCAAGCAUAUUGAACUUGUCCAUGGAGGUCCAAAGUAUGUUCCAAAGAGGCAGCCUGUAAACACUCCUGAAAAGACAGUCAUGUCCAAACAUAGGAGGAAAAAACUCAUGAAGCGUUGGCGCAAGCGGAUGAACCGACAAGCUGCUGAAGCAAAUGCAGGGGGCAUUGACUUGAAUCAGGUAGAGAGUUUUGAAUCUAUGGACAUUGGGGAUGACACAGAGAGACUUGCAUCCACAGAACAAGUUGAAAUGGAAGGAAAUCUUAGCCCUGAAAGAGAAGAUAUCGAGACAGCUGGAGUGGAUGGUAAUGAGGAGAUGGAAUCUGCCAGUGUGCAAGGUGGAGAAGAUGGCAAAUUUGAUGAUGCUACAGAUCACGAAACUGUUCCAAUGCAAGAUCAGUUGACAGUUACAGACAUAGAAUUUGUCGAAGAUGGUGAUGAAUCUCUGGAAGAUGAUUGUACUACCAUUAUUGCAAAAGAUGAUGAGGCUUAUAAUAUGGAAAGAAACCCAGCUGAGGAUGAUGAGCACAGCACUUUGAGAUCCCAACCAGAGAGUUCAGAUGAUGUUACUGAGCAAACUGGAGAUUUGGAUAAACCAGAUGCAAAUGUGGAGGAUAAGUUGCCAGACAAUAUCCCAGACAUGUCCCUUGGCAGCAAUGACGACACAGAAACUCAGAUAGAUGAUGCCCAUGUUCUUGGGCAAAAUGAAGAAGCACAAACACCUACUGAGGAUUCAGUUACUCAGGAGAGUGAACAUAUGGAAAAUGAACAAUCUGAAGGUAAAGAAGAGGAAGAGUCACCUUCCCAUGAAUUGCAGUCAGAGUGUAUUUCAGUAGCGAGUGAUGGCUUUAUCUCUAUUGAGGAUGAGAAACCUGAAAGAAAUUCAGACCAAGAACAAGAAAAGGAUGCAACAUGUCCUGAGAGUUCAGAUGGCACAGCUUCACAAACUAAUGAUCAAGAAGGCAGAACAGAACAGGAAACUGUUGAAAAUGAUUCUGACAUACAGCUUGAAGAGCCAAAGUCUGGUAUCAAGACUGUAGGUGAUUUCUUACUGGACAUGUCUUGUGAAGAUGUCACAGACUACCAAGAUGAGAUGCAUCAGGAAAAAGAAAUACAAAAGGAAAGCGUUGAAGAAAAAGCUACAUCUGGUGAUAUCAUUGAAGUAGCAGAUGAGGAAGAUGCUUCCCAUGAUGGCAAAUUAAAGGAUGAUGCAGAAACCCAAAACUCUGAGAAGGAAGAGAAGAAUGGCAAUAAUAUGGUUAUGCCAGUGAUUGUGUCUGUAGAAUCGCUAAAAGAAAAACAGGAAGACAUGAGCAGUGAAUCACAAGAUGAUCCAAACUUUCCCACAGGUUCUCAAUAUCAUCAAUUGGAGCACAUGAAAGAGCAAGGGAAUGACUUCAGGACGCAAGGCCCUGUCGGAAAUGCACAUGUUCAAGGAUUUUCUCAUCCACAGGCUCCCCGGUUUCAGCUACAUGGCGGGCAGUAUGCACCUUCAAAUGUACCAGACUCGUCACUAAUGCCACCUGGAAUGCAAGGACAACUGGGGAUGCCUAUGCAGCAGCCAGUGUUCUACAAACCAGAUAAUUCAAUUGGUGGCAAUCCCAUGGAAAGAAAUCCUUACAUCAAUGCUAUGAAGCAGCAAAAUCCUGCUCUGCAUAUACCAAUGGGUCAUCCUCCAUACCCAGGAAUGAUGCAGCAGUCGGUUCCGCAUAAUGUGCAACCUCAGCAGCCUGUAUUCAUACAACCAGAAACAGCUAACAGAUUCCAGAUGAAUCCUAACCUGAAUCCUUUGGGUUUGUCUUCAGCAGCAGCUCAAGGUAUGCGUUUCACUGCUCCACAUGUGAACAUGCCCAGUCAUAUUGCAACAUCUCUUGCCCAACCAAACCUUGGAGCACCAGGAUCACAGCUCUCCUUGACAGCCAUGCAACAAAUUCAACAGCAGUUUGCCUUGAAGCAGCAACAGGAACAACAACUUCAACAACAGCAACAACUUCAACAACAGCAACACCUUCAAAAGCAGCAGCAACUGCAACAGCAAAAGCAGCAACAAGAACAACUUGCAAAGCAACACCAACAGUGGGCUACUCAUCAGCUGAUGAUGCGUGCUCAGUACAGUCAACAAGGACUUCAACAGGGUAUGGUGCCUAACAUGACCACCAUUCCUGGUCAGGUCAGACCAAGCCAGAUGCCACAGCAAUUUGUACAAGCAACAUCUCACCCUCAUUCAGUAAGUCCAGCUAAUCCUCAGCACACUGGACAUCAAAAUGGUAACCAUCCUCCCCACUAUCCAGGUCAGGUGUUUGAACAUAGAGAACGCAAACAGUCAGGAAGUCAAGGGCACAAUCAACAGACUGAGGCUGUUAUGAACGGCAGUAAUGGACAGAUUUCAAGGAGAUCUAGUACCUCAUCAUUGUCUACUGUACAACCUAAUGUUAUUAAACCAAAUAUGGGUCAACAAAGUGAUUCAUCAGAAUCACCAACCCUAUGUAAAGAAAGUCCAGAUAUUCUUACAGUAGUUGCACGUAGCAUGACAGACAAGUCACCGCCAAAUGCUGAAGUAAGGCCUAUCAUCACUCCAAAGUCAUCAGAGAGCAGUUCGCCUUCUGGAUCAGUUGGAACAUCCAGUGGUGAGGUAAUUGGUGGGCUUCAGUCACCACCUGCUGGAAGUAUUGCAUCAGAUCACUCUGCUUCCAGACCGCACAAAGUCAAACCCCCACGCAGUCCAAGAUCUCCAAGAACAACAAAACCAUUUCAGUACAAGUUAGAUCCAGAGCGUCCGUUUAUCUGUCACAUUUGUGGGAAAGGUUUUAAACGCAGAAACAAUCUGACUGAUCAUGUGCGAACUCACACCAGACCAUAUAAAUGUGGUGAGUGCUCCUUUGACACUAUCCGAUGGCAAUACCUGGCAGAGCACAUGAAAAAAGCUCAUGGUUUUUCAGGAGAUGCCAAAGACCUUGAGAUGCUGUUUAAAUCUUCUUCCAAGAAACUUAUUCCCACUGACCGUAUUCCAGCUGCAAGCCUGACACCAGCCAUGGGUGUUGUAAUUCCAAACCUUCCGACUGCACCAACUAUGAUAAGCAGUGACCUUUCUAGAACUACACCUGUUCAAACUUCCAUGGACUAUGACCUUGAUCUAGUUGAUUUCUUUGGAAAGGAUUCAGAAGCUGAAUCUGGAAAGGCAGAUGAGGAUGACAGUACCAAUUGCACUCCAGCUACAACAUCAGCAGCUGCAGAGGUUACUGAAGGACAUGAAAGAAAGUGUGCUGAAGAAUCAGCAAGACCAGAAAGUAAUUCAGGAAUGGAAGAAAAGGAAGGAACGGAGGGUUCUCAGGGUUCUGAGGAAGCUGCAGAAAAUUCUGUUGAAAUGGGAUCCCAAAUUGCAGAAGAGGCACCAGAGCCAGCUCCUGAACCAGCUCCUGAACCUGAUAACAUUGGUUUAGUAACUGUUCAGCCAAUUGCCCCUGAAGAGUCCUCAUUUUCCCAGGGCAGUGAAGAGUAUGAGUUGUCUCAGGAGGAGCCAGAAGAGGACAUCCAUUACCAAGAUGAUUAUGAAGAUGAGGACUAUUCUCCAGUGCCUCGAAAGAAAUCCAAGUUUGGUCGCAAAAAGCGUUUCCACAAGCGAUGGGGGGCAGCAAAGAACGUUAUUGCUAAAUACAAAGGCAGGGGUCGAGGAAGACCAAGGAAAUAUCACUUUCAACAGGUCAAAGAGACUGUAAUUAUAACACCACCUACUACAGAUACUGUGGGGGAAGACCUUGUAGGUGAUACUAAUAACAGUAUUGGUUCUGUCAUCACUCCGUCAGGCUCUAUUAGUCAAGAAUCACUUCCAGUUAAGCCAGAAGAUGUGUCUUUGCCAUCAUCUGGAGACCUUGAUUCUUUGGAAAUGGUCACCUCAGAGUCCACCCCUAUGACUCCUGCCCCUAAUGGAUCCUUUCAUAGUGAGCUAUCAGAAGAUGAUAUACUCUACACACCUAGCGGACGGCCUAAACGCCGCACAGGCAAUUACAACCCUGGUCAAGUUGAACAAAAGAACAAUAAUGAGUUGGGCCAGGAACCAGUCAAGACUGAGCCACCACUCCCACAACCACAGGAGCAGCUUGCUCAGGUAGUCAGUGUUGUUCCUGUCAAGAGGGGAAGGGGUCGCCCACCAAAGCAUGCAAAGAAAGGAGAACUUGUCAUGCGCAUCCGCAUGAAAUCUGGAUCAGAAGAGGAGUCUCAAACUCAACCAGCUCAACCUGAGGUUCUCAAUGAAAGUGAGAAUGUUAAAGUUGACGGAAGGAAAAGGAAACGGAAUUCUGAUCACUCGUCGAACGUUCUCCUCAAUCCAAAAGGAGGCAUUCAGUUGUCUGAAUAUUUUAAGAUCACCAAGGAUCCUGCCCGCCCAUUCUGUUGUACCAUUGAUGAUUGCUCAAAGAACUUUAAGAGCAAGCAGCACAUGAGGGAACAUCUCUUUACCCACCUCAAGCCGUAUAGGUGUGACCACUGUGGCCAAGGGUUUGCCCGUACUGAUUACCUAGCCUUCCACAUGAAAGAAGAUCAUGGUGUAUAUCCAACCAAAGAGGAACUAUUUGCAAAGAGGAAAUUUGCCAAUGCCAGAGCAACUUCCUCUAGAUAUCGUGCCAACUGUAAAGACAAAAAGAGGCAGAUGCUACAUGAGAAUGUAAUGUUUGGUCAUUGAAAUGGCAUGCAUUUUAGAGUCUCAUUUUUGAAAUUCAAACGAAAACAAUAUAUUUUAGACCAAUUAGUAUUGGUCUUCAAAUUAUUUUUCACAAACUUUUUGAAAAGACAUGUGAUCAACAUAGGGACAAUUUGUUAAUGGAAGAUCUAAAUCGUGGUGAUUAUAUAAUCGUAUAGUAUACAUUAAAAAACCUUCAGCUAUCAGAUCUUUCUUGCAUUAUUUGAAGUUAUACUCCUUAAUUUGUUAAAGUUCUCAACUUCUGAGAGGUCAGAGGUUCAAUUAAAUUCUAUUCAGAUGAAAUUCAAUGAUAGCAUCUUAGUCUUUUCUAAGAAGCCAUUAGUACCGGGUAGCAUAGAGUUUUUAAAACAUACAACAAAUCAAAUUAUUUUCUGUGGGAAAUUUGCAUGUCUCCAAAUUCCAUAUUUUGCCAGCCUAAUGGCUCAAAAAAAAAUCUUCAUUUAAAAGCAACUCAAUUGUCUAUUGUCCUAUGAGAAACAAAAUUAGGGAAUCCAUUUUAAAGAUUGAAUGAAUGUAGAUUAGAGGAGGGUGUGGUUUCAUAAAACUGAGUUAUGUAUGACUUUACACGUGAUUGGUGACCCUAUUUUGUGUUAGAUCAGAUUUUCAUUAAUUUAAUAUCCCAUCGUAGGUGAUUGAAAUUUUUGUUAACAAGGAUUUGAAUUCGAAGUUCGUCAUAUGUCAAGAUUUUAUGAGGAGAAUUUUAGAAAGUUCCUUUCCUGUCGGGUUAAACCAGAAAAUAUGGGG